AUGGGGUGGCAGGAUGAGAAGGCGCUGGAGGGCCGGAGCGGGGACCCCGAGGUGAGCGCAGACCGGGAGCCGGCGAGGCGAAACAUCUUUGCUCUGGCCUCCGGGAUGGUGUGCUUUCCCUCCCCCUCCUUCCAGCCUCCCCACCUCUGGGCCUCCCUCUCUUCCCUCCGGGUUUCUUUUCUUUUUCGUUUCUUCUCCUCACAGAGCGGCCGUUGGAGACCUGCUCAUCGCUUAGGCUGCAGCCCUGAACGUACUUACCCGGGAGCAAGCGCCGCUGAACGCAAUGGGACUUGCUUCCGAGUAGACGCUUAUAGGCCUGCCCUGUCAAUGGGCCUUCUUCCUUACACGGUCCGAGUGCCGUAGCGGGUGGGGUAGAAACAGCCAUGGGCGAGAUGCCUCCCUCGCCACCGGCUUCUGGGUUUUCCAGAGCUGACCCAUGACUGGAGGCAGAAUUCAGUCUUUGUUGUGUCUCCUGUCGACACUCCCCUGCUUUCUUCCUGAUACUCGCAGGUUAAUCUCUCUCUCUCUCUCGUGCCAGAGGCCCUCUUUUUAUUAUUCCUCCCCCCCCCCAUCCUUCCCUUCUCCGAGUCAUUUUUCCUCCUCGCAUCUUGCUUGUUCUCAUUUAUUUAUAUUUAUUUUUCACCAUCAUAACAGAUAGUGCCAAAUAUCUGUUCUCCGUUGCCAAAGGAAGCCCAGAAUGGAGUACAGUGAAAAUUAAAACUUAACAGGUUUUCUUUAAGGUCCUGACUUCCGUGUGUAUAUGUGCACACACACGUGUUCUGCUCUUCAAGUAAGAGCAGUGGUUUCUACCCCUUCUUUUUAAUAAGUGGUCUCUGCCAGAGGUUUGCUGUUUAAUAUAUGUGUUCUGCCCAGUGCCUGAUGUAAUAUUCUGGUUGCAAAUAUUAAGUAUUAGACAGCUGCUGUUCUUUUCAGCAUUGCUACAGUUCAUAUCUUGAAUUCCACUAUAACUGUAUUUGUAUGCUUGUUGUGGCUGACUGUCCUUUAUUUAUCCUGUCCCAUAUUAUGUUGCUUCACAGUACGUUCAGUAUACUGCUGCCUCUGACUCUCCCAUCAGUCUUUACCACAUCCAUUUCUCAGUUUGUUCUACCCAUGUCUAAGAGGCUUUCUUAAAUAAGACCCUCAGAGGCUUAGCCUUAUUUCCAUUCUGCUCCUUGACACCCACCCUUGUCAGGAUAUCUCCAGUGCCUGAAGAGCUGGAGCAUUUCCCAUGAGUUUUGAUCUGGUUCUAGUUAAGCCGUAAUUUCCCCUCAGCAUUGGGGGCCUAUUUCCACAGCAAUACUGUGGUCACUGUACCUCUUGCCACCAAGUCCCUAACAGGUUAGAAAGAUGCCUAGUGAAAGGUUUAAAGCCCAGCCUGUUAAAAUGUACAUAUACAUUGGUUUUGAAUAUCAGUUUGAAGGGAACCUUUUAAAUAAAUAUCUAGGAAUAACAGAUAUUUUUGUUAUAACAGACGUAUAUAUGUGUUAUGAAAGAGAAGUUGUACAGUACUACAUAGCGGAAAUGCAAAUAAGUGGAAUUGGUUUUGAUAUGGUUAAGUAUACUCUUAUUAUAGAAAUAUCAUGACACUUACGAGUCUAUUCUUAUUUUCUUGCAUCUCUGCCCAGGAGGAAGAGGAGGAAGAAGAGCUUGUGGUAGGUAAACUUUAUUAUAAUGACAACGGGGAAAGAUUAAUCCUUUGAGAGCAGCAGACUUCUUAAACCCUAGUCCAUAAAAUGUCCUAUUUGUAUUUAGAAAACCAGGGAAAGGUACAAAAGGCUGGGGGUAGGGAAGUACAGGCAUACCUUGUUUUAUUGAGAUUUGCUUUAUUGCGUCUCACAGAUACUGUUCCUUAUGAGGACCUGGAUGCAGCUGCAGGCAGCCUGACCACUUCCAGGGGAAGGAAGCCCCCUGAUGACCUUCUUCAGGCCACAGGAGUGGAGCUAGCUAGGGCUGGAACUGAGGUUUUCUCCCUCCUGCUCCUGCAGUCAGGGGGGGGGGCAUGGCUUAAUAGGCUACAGUAUAGUGGAAACAUGACUUUUAUAUACACUUGGGAAACAAAUGGUUUUGUGUGACUCACUUUAUUGCGAUAUUUGCUUUAUUGUGGUGGUCUGGAACUGAACCUGCACUGAACUGUACUAUCUCCAAGGUAUGCCUGUACUUUGGUUCAGAACUGAAAGUGCAUUAGUUAAGUUUUAAUACAUAGCUACUUUGCUGUAGAAAGGUUAUUUGCAUCACAUUUUGCCAUACAGAAAGUGCCAUUCACAUCCUGUCUGUCUUCAGGAUCAUAAUGUUUAAUAAGGGAUACUUAUAGUGACAAAUAGUUUUGAAUAUCUCUGGAGUCCCACAACAGUUUCUGCAUAUGUAUACUUACUGACAUAGGAGUACAUAUUGAUUCUGGCAAACUUGGGUGUAGCUUGCUUGCUUUCCCAACAGUAUAUAACUUUUACCUAGGCACUAAUAAGUCACAAAAUGAUAAAUCAAUACACAAAUUGUGUUUGUCAAGUGUGAUACAAGUGCUGUUUCUUCUCCAUAUCUAUUUUGAACCAUUUAUAUAUUGAGAUGUGGUGUAGUACUGCAUCAUAGGCUUUCCCUGCUUUCAAAUACUGCAGUUUAGGAGGAUAUUUUUCAAACACCCACAACUUGGUUUUGUAUGUAACUUAACCAUAACAUUUCCCCCACAGUCUAGCGCAAGAAUGAAAGCCAUCUGGAUUAGAAUCCAUAUACAGGUUCUGCACCUCAUUUAAGUUAGGCUUGGUUCACAUGCUCCUUAUUUAUAAUCCUGUUGUGGCUCUUGGUUCUACCUUAGAAAAAUGAUUGUAAUUUACCUGACUGUAACACUAAAGCUGGAAGUGUAGAGGUAGAAUAUUUUGACAACAGGACUGUUAAUGCCUGCCAUUUUAGAUCUCAUCAUUUGUAUGCUUGUCAUUAUCAUCUAUCCAGGACAAGUUAUAGCAAGCUUUUAUAUUCUAGCUUGUGGUGGUAAAGUUGAACCUCUCUCUUAGCAAUCACUCAUUUGCAUUAACUGUGCCUAUUUUAUAUCUUCCUUUUUGUCCAGGAUCCUUUAACUACUCUAAGGGAGCAUUGUGAACAGAUUGAGAAAUGUGUGAAAGCUCGGGAACGUUUAGAGGAGUGUAAUGCUCGAGUGUCAUCCAAGUCCCAUACAGAGGAGAAGUGUACAGAGGAACUCUUUGACUUCUUGCAUGCUAGAGACCAUUGUGUAAGUUUGUCUCAGAGUAAUUUCUAAGUGUGAACAGUAUUUUGUGGCCAAAUACCUUAUUUCUCCAGUGUUGAGCCACAGACACUUUAUUGAACAUCAAUAUAGAUUGAAUGACUGAAUUGAAGUACUAUUUUGACAUUUAUCUUGUGGGUGUGGAAUUACACUGUCAGCUUUAUAAAUUAGUUUUUUAGAAGUGUUAUUAUUAAUGAUUUCAUUUCUACACAGCUUUAUAUUUUAAAGGAAAAAUCUCAAAAGCGGUUUACACCGCAUUACAACAUCAAAUAAAACAAUCCAGAAUAAAACAUUACUGAAGAAGGUCAAAUAUAAAGUAUAUAUUCAAAGCAACAUUACUAAGAGGAAACUAAGAUAUUAUCUUUUUAAUAUUCUUUAUUAAAAAUAUAAAGAAUUAUAAGAGAAAAACUAGAAAAAAGAAAACAUAAACUUACAAGAUUUUUAUAACAAUAUCCUAAAAUAGUAUCUUAAAAAUUAUCUUAAAAAUUUGUGAACUAUUGGCUUGUUGCUUAUAAAGUACAUUUUUCUGUAACCAGCUUUCUUGAUUGUAAGUAGGCAAGAAUAUAUUGUGCAACAAUGCAGUUGGUUCCCAGAGGGAGCAAAACAGUAGCCCUCCUCAGGUGUUAUACUGAAUAAAACGUGCUAUCUUUGCCCUCCAUUCCAUUUGAUUGCCUGUGGGAGUUGAAAGAUAAAUUCCUGAAGUGUGGAGCCUUCUGCACUGUGUGCAUUUUAGAACACUGGUUUUCCAUGGUUCUGAAAUGUGUGUGGAGUCUCGACAAGCACAGGAGGCUCCCUGUUUCAAAAGUUCACCCUCCCCAAAUUGGUGGGAGAUGGGAAAAGUUAAGGGACAGAGCUAGUACACUCAUUCCAGCUUCCCCCAUCACAUAUUUCUCUUGGGUAUAAUGCCUAAAGAAGGCUAUUAGGACUAAUGUAUGUGUUGCUAAAGAAGCUCCUGUUAAUUUAAUUUGUUCAUCUUUUGGUUUUUUCAGGUGGCUCAUAAACUCUUCAGCAAAUUGAAAUAA